AUGACCAUCGUGCUUGUCCAUAUUCCUUCCGCAGUGCACACACAGUCGCAGAGGAGUGAGAAGGUGCGAUGUUCAAACCACGAUGCGACACACAGGCUCGUUCUCUGCCACGAUGGGAGGCUUUUUGAACAUGGGCCUGCAGCUUCAGCUGACUGCUCUACGACAAGGCUGGUGAGAGAACUGUUAAACCAAGCUAUUGUUCAAGUAGCGUGUGGGGACCAGCACGCCAUGGCGCUCUGCAGAGGAGGUGAGCUCUUCGCUUGGGGCCAGAAUGGCCAUGGACAGCUUGGAGUGGGGAGCCAGACCACGCUCAUCCCCCAGCCACAGCUAGUGAAAAGGCUAAAUGGCAUCCCACUGGCUCAGAUUGCUGCUGGAGGAGCUCACAGCGCUGCCGUGUCACUCUCUGGGGCCGUGUAUACCUGGGGAAAGAACGAUUUUGGACAGCUGGGGCUUGGAGACACGGAAGACAGGGACUGCCCGUCAUGCGUUGGAGCAUUAGAGCACUGGAAGACUGUCUUUAUCUCGUGUGGGGCAGAUCAUACCGCGGUUCUCUCCAAGGAGGGGCUGGUGUGCACCUUUGGAGCAGGAGGGGCUGGCCAGCUUGGCCACAACUCCACCCGGAAUGAACUCACGCCUCGUGUCGUGGCCGAGCUGUGGGGAGCAAGAGUUUCGCAGGUUGCCUGUGGCAGACAGCACACCCUGGUCUAUGUCCCCGCCUUGGACGAAGUCUAUCGGUUUGGUUCUGAUGAAGCAGGGCGGCCGGGAGAUGAGAGAAAGCCUGAUCAGCUGAUACCGCUUCCCAUCAAUUCAGCAGUGAAUGCUGGAAAAUCCUGUCAGGAAAACAACACGUCACAAGAGGUGACUGAAAUUAGUGCAGGAGGAAACCAAAAUAUUGUCCUUUGCAAGAACAACAAGAAUUCCUCUUUGAAUGGAAUUGCCACUCUGAAGGAUGCAGAUGUGGAUGCAUGGAUUUCUAAUUCUAAUUUGCAACGCUGGGAGACUACAAAAAAGAGUAUCAGACUGAUCUUCUCAUCUGAGGCUUGCAUCAACGGAAGCUUCCUGGAGGAAAGAGACAAACAUUUCAAAACUUCCAAAGAAGUCUCAGGUGUAGACAUGUCAGAGGUGCAACGUUUUUAUGAGAAGAUCGGCAAGAAGCCAAAAGUCUUCCAGGAGGUGCAAAAGGAGAUCAAGAAGUUACUGCCAUCAUUGUCUUCCUCUCCCACCUCGCCUGAAAAUUUCAGAGUGUACUUGAUCCUGCCUUUCCUUCUGCAGAGAGAGGACGACAGCUCAUACCAUUCUCUCAGGCUGCUAGCACAAGCCAUCACGAAGCUCCAGCCAAAGGACAUGCAAACUCUUGAAUGCCUGUGGUCGAAUCUAGAAACCACCUUUUUCAAGCAGCUGGUCAUUUUGUAUCAGAGGGUUUCCCAGAAAAACCUGUCUCAGUUAAUCAGGGAAGUCGGAGAUCAGCAAAGAAAACCCGACCCACACGGAACAGAGACCCUGCAAAUACUGCAGAGCCUUUACCAGGUGAACUCCAGAACUGGUUUCAGAGUACAAGAAAACAACUUCUGUGUGCCUCAAGUGAAACUGAUUAUCAAAUCCUGUGGGUUGUUUGAUGCAGGAUCCCUGCAGAUUCUCCUGCGGACGCUGACCAGAUACCCAUGCGUCUUUGACAUGCAAGACAAGAUCAACGUUUAUUACAUAGAACGCAAUGCUGCGUUCUGCUCCUUUACCAAUAACAAGCCUGCGAGGGAGAGGAGGGGAACAAGGACAGUCAGCGUGGGCAGGGAGGGGAGCAUGCCCCCGCGGGCCAUCGGCCCGGCUUCGCCGCUCCGGCUGGCGGGUCCUCAGUCCUCAGCUGGGGGCUUCUUCCCCGUCUUCCUGGCAGCUUCCGGGACCAUGUUGGGGAUGCCGUCGAUGACGGGGGCGCUGUACAACGGGUACCAGGCGCCCUUCCCCUUCCCCGGGGCCCUCUACAAGAAGCUGCUGGGCCUGGCGCCCGGCCUGGAGGACCUGGAGGAGCUGCUGCCUGUCGAAGGCCGGAGUCUUCGGAGAAUUUUGGAUGAAGAUUAUGAUCAUAUACUUGAGAGCCUGGACAUGGACUUUACGAUAAUGGAAGAAGGUUCCAUGGUUGCUGUUGAACUUAAAGAAAAUGGCGCCAACAUUCCCGUCACUAGGGAUAACAGGAAAGAAUUUGUGGACUUGUAUGUGAAUUAUGUGUUCGAUGAAUCGAUACGGAAGCCAUUUGAAGACUUUAAGAGAGGGUUUUUAAGAGGCUGCCCGGUUACAACGUGGAAGAUAUUUCUCCCCCUAGAGCUCCAGAUGGUUCUCCAGGGACACACAAAAAUUGACUGGCAUCUGCUGGAAAAGAAUGUGAAAUACUACCAGUAUGAAAAGUUAGAUCAAACCAUCAGGAAUUUUUGGAGUGUGUUUCACAAACUCCCAGAAGAAAAAAAGAAAAUGUUUCUUGCUUUUUUGUCAGGAUGUGAUCGAAUCCCUGGCUGUGGACUGGAACAUUUUAGAUUUUCUAUUGCAGAUCCUCAAGCAGAAAAUCCAGAUGAGCUCUGUCUUUCUGCCAGUACCUGCCAACUCGUUUUGUUCCUCCCCAGAUACAGCAGUAAAAGCAUACUCAAGAAGCAGUUGCUUUAUGCCAUAGAGCAUAAUGAAGGUUUUGGCUUGAGCUAA